AUGGGAAAUACGCACAAUAGAAGCUCUGAUCCAACCAACCAAAAGCAUUCUACGCGUUCAAAUUCAGACGAGCAGCCGUUCGCUAGUCAGUUCAGUCUGUCUCAUUUCGUGGGCAACCUAAGCGGGCGUUCUUUCGUCAGCGUGACAAGCAACCAGUCGGUGUACAGCGCAUCGCGGCCUUGGUCUCGCGUUUCGAGGCGAAGAUGGAAUGACUCUACACUGAAGAACCCACUUGAAGCCAGCAAAACUGCCUGGCCAGUGGCACACAAAGAAUCCAUAUUCCAACCUGAAUUCCCCAUCACCACUGACUUACUACAGAAAGACUUUGAAAUAAAAGAGACGAUAGCCAAAGGUGCUUUUGGUGAAGUGUACAAAGUCAAGAAGAUCAGUGAAGAUAAAGAGUACGCACUGAAGGUGCUCAAUAAAUCACAGAUAGUGAAGGAGAGCGCAGUGCGUCAAGUUAAAGAAGAAGCUCGUAUACAAACAGCGUGCGGUCAUCAUUCCUUUAUAGCGGGCGCCGUGGCCCGGUGGCAGACUAAGAAAAGACUGUAUAUUGAGGCGACCAUCUUUAUUUUGGAACCAAGUAAACCAAUAUCUGAAGUAAGUUCAUGUGCAUAUACGAUACACUAUUACAUGAAGUACAACCGUGCAGCAGGUAAAACCCUUUCAGAAUACAUUCCUGGUGGCGAGCUAUUAGCUUUACUCGAUAAGUACGGGAGUUUACCUGAGGAACUCGUCAAGAUAUUUGUUGCAGAAAUAGCUAUUGCUAUUGACUUCCUACAUAACGCUGGCGUUAUAUAUCGAGAUUUGAAACCUGAAAAUAUACUUCUCGAUUCUGAUUACCAUAUUCGAUUAAUCGACUUUGGCUUAUCUAAGUGGCUUUCGAUUGGAUCCCGUACUACGACCCUGUGUGGCACUCUCAAAUAUAUGGCGUGGGAGUUGACUCGUUUGAUAUUUUAA